GCAAAAACAUCAGAAGUAUUUCUAUACUCAAACAAAAUGAAAGUGUUCGUUGUUCUGGCUUUGUUUGUGGCUGCGGCCUCUGCAGGUUUCAUCCUGCCAUCUGACCAGGCUGUGCCUCUGCGCGAUUUGGCAGCUAUCCUUGCUCAACCUGAGAGCAUUGAGGGACGCAUCACCAAUGGUAAAGAUGCGGCCGAGGGUCAGUUCCCCUACCAGGUUGGUUUGAGCUUCAGCAGCAGCAGCGGCGGUUGGUGGUGCGGUGGUUCGCUGAUCGAUAACACCUGGGUUUUGACUGCUGCACACUGCACCAGCGGUGCCUCCAGCGCUACUGUUUACCUCGGCGCCACAGUGCGUACCAACCCCAAGGUAUCUCACUCCGUUUCCAGCAGCGCCUUCGUGCAACACAAGAGCUACAACUCAAUCACUCUCUCCAACGACAUUUCGCUGAUUAAGAUCCCAGCCGUGUCCUUCAGCGGCGCCAUUGCAAAGGUUUCCCUGCCCAAGAUUUCCUCUUCAUAUUCUAAUUACUCUGGCACCAAAGCUAUUGCUUCCGGUUGGGGUCUCAUCAGUGACUCUGCCUCAGCUGUCCACUCUAAAUUGCAGUAUGCUCAAUUGCAAGUGAUUGACAACAGCGUCUGCGCCAAGACCUACGGUUCAUUGACCAUUACCUCGAAGACUAUUUGCACUGCCACUCCAGCUGGUACCUCCACCUGCAGCGGUGACUCUGGCGGCCCAUUGGUUGCUGAUGGUGUGCUCAUCGGUGUUACCUCGUUUGUCUCACGUGCUGGUUGCCAAUCUGGUGCCCCAGCUGGUUUUGUACGCGUCACCAGCUACUUGGACUGGAUCAAGACCAACAGCGGUGUUUCUUACUAAAAUCUUGUGAUAAAUAAAUGAAUAGCUGAAAAUAUAUGAUUGAUUAAUAGUGAAA